GAUGGCGGCGCCGAUGUCACCGGCGCAGGCACCAGUGACCUUCAAGGAUGUGUUUGUGACCUUCACCCAGGAGGAGUGGGAAUUGCUGGACCUGGCUCAGAGGACCCUGUACCAGAAGGUAAUGCUGCAGACCUGCAGGCUCCUGGUCUCACUGGGGCAUCCAGUUCCCAAGCCAGAGCUGACCCACCUGCUGGAGCACGGGCAGGAGCUGUGGAGGGUGAGGAGAGGCCUCUCACAGAGCACCUGUCCAGGUGAUGGAGCAGAACUUCAGAACAGACAGCCAAGCACUGCUCAGCUGGUUUUGCAUGAGGGAGCCUUGCUUCUGGGAAGCCUGACUCCGGGAUCGACAAGGGACUCCCAGCUGGAGCAAGCCACGGAUUGGGAAGAGCUUUUGGAAAUGAGGCCAGAGAAAGACCCCUGCAAGGAGACCCAUCCUGGGAAAAUGAGGCUUGAAGAUGACCGUCUGGGGACAGAUGACAGUCUGCCCUCCAAGUUGUUGCAGGACAGACUCUCCAGGGGAGAUAUUCUCCAUGAAGGUGACCCAGAGGGAGGAGGGAAACGCCUCCGGAUCCAGGCGGGGAGUAGCCUCUACAGAUGCAAGCAGUGCGGGAAAGGUUUCAGCAGGAAGUGGUACCUUGCCCGCCACCAGCGGGUUCACACCGGCAUGAAGCCCUAUGAGUGCAACGCGUGUGGGAAGGCCUUCAGCCAGAGCUCCACCCUUAUCCGGCACUACCUCAUCCACACUGGGGAGAAGCCCUACGCCUGCUCCGAGUGCGGGAAGGCCUUCAAGCGCAGGUCCUACCUGGUGCAGCACCACCCGAUCCACACCGGGGAGAAGCCCUACGCCUGCGGCCAGUGCCGGAAGGCCUUCAGCCACCGCUCCACCUUCAUUCGGCACAACAGGACCCACAGCGGGGAAAGACCCUUUGCGUGCAAAGAAUGUGAGAAGUCGUUCAGCAUCCGUGCACACCUGGUCCAGCACUAUGCGGUGCACGGCGGCGCGAAGCCACAUGAGUGCGCGGCCUGCGGCAAGGCCUUCCGGUGCAGCGCCGAGCUCCAGCAGCACCAGCGCGUGCACACCGGGGAGAGGCCCUACGCGUGCGCACAGUGCGGGAAAGCCUUCCACCGCAGCACGUACCUGCUGCAGCACUCGGUCAUCCACACCAGGGAGACGCCCUACCAGUGCAGCCAUUGCGCCAAGGCCUUCAAACGCCGGUCCCACCUCCUGCAGCACCAGCGGGUCCACACCUGAGCCGGGCCUGAAGAAAGGCCUCACCCACUGCUUUUCCGUGGCCCACUGCAGGAAAAUACCCUUCAGUGCACAGAAUGCGGGAGAGGGCUUUUGUCAGCUCUGGAGCACAGGAGCAGUCCCCUUGGGGAGAAGCGCUCUGGAUGCAGUGAAUGUAUCUUGGGCGGCAGCUCAGCUGGCCCUCAUUGGGCAGGGACACCCUAGCAGAGAAAGAGCAGGCGUGUCACCAGUGGGUCCACCUGCGUCCACACCAGAGAAUUUCCUGGGAAGAGUAUAACCACUAAGGACAGUCUUUAGCUGAUUAUUGUUCCACUUACUGAUGCAUCAUCUUGUAUGUGCCCUGACCAGGGAUUGAGCCGUCAGCUUGGGUGUACGGGGAGGGUACUUGAACCAACCGAGCUACCAGGCCAGGGCCAAUUCAUUGCUCUUGACACUCGUUUUUUUAAAUUUUCAUCUGAGCAUAUGUUUUUAUUGAUGUUUAGAGGGGGAGAGAGUCAUCCAUGUGAGACACA